CGCCAUCACGGUAAAAACAGUGGGAGGAGAGAGGGGGAGAGAACGAGAGAGACGGGGAAGACUGGGUCACACGUACUGUCCCCACGGUCUUUUUAAGUAGAUCUCUACAAGAGAACGUCCGGAACUGGAAAAGUGGGCUACAUUCUGAAAGGGUAUUUUUGACCACCGUAACAAGAUGUGUACCCCGCGCUGUAUAGGGCAGCUGGCGUGCUGCUGUGGCUCGGCAGGCUGCUCCUGUUGUUGUGGCUGCUGUCCUAAAAUCAAGCAGUCCACAUCGACACGCUUCAUGUAUGCCCUCUACUUCCUCCUCGUCACCGUCAUCUGUGUCGUCAUGAUGUCACCCACCGUGGAGCAGGAGAUGAGGGACCACAUCCCAUUCUACAGUGACCUGUGUGAGAAGCUGAAUGCUGGUGAGAACUGCUCUAUCUUGGUGGGUUACUCUGCUGUGUACAAGGUCUGCUUCGGCAUGGCCUGCUUCUUCUUCUUCUUCUGUAUCUUCACCCUACGAGUCAACUCUGCCACCGGCUGCCGCGCCGCCAUACACAAUGGGUUUUGGUUCCCGAAGUUCAUAGUGUUGUUGGCCUGCUGUGUUGGAGGAUUCUUCCUGCCAGAGCAGGACACCUUUCUGGAAGUGUGGAGGUAUGUGGGAGCUGUAGGGGGGUUUCUCUUCCUGCUGAUCCAGCUCAUGCUGCUGGUGGAGUUUGCCCACAGAUGGAACACUAACUGGAGUUCAGGUGUGAAGGACAACCGUCUGUGGUAUGGGGCGCUGGCUCUGGCCACCUUGGUGUUGUUCAGUGUCGCCGUAGGAGCUGUGGUGUUCAUGGCUCUGUUUUACACACACUCUCAGGCCUGUCUGCUCAACAAGGUGUUCCUGGGGGUCAACGGCAGCCUCUGUUUCAUAGUCACUAUGCUGGCUAUAUCUCCCUUCAUACAGAGACUCCAGCCUAAGUCUGGCCUGCUCCAGCCAGGAGUGAUCAGUGUGUACGUCAUGUACCUCACCUUCUCAGCCUUCUCCAGCAAGCCCAAAGAGAUGUUGGAGGUUAAUGGGGUGAAUACGACAGUGUGUGUGUUCCCUUUCAACUCUGGUUCAGAGAGCGACAAGAGGAUCGUAACAGGAGUGGGAACUGUCAUCCUGUUCGGCUGUGUGCUCUACUCCUGUUUGACGUCCACCACCAGACGGAGCUCUGCAGCGAUGCGUGUGAUUAGGAACAGCGUGCCUGAGACUGAAAGAGCGCGCUGCUGUUUCUGCUUUGGAGAUGACACAGAUGACUAUGAUGAGGAGCAGACUGGAGGAGGACAAAAUGUUUUAUAUGAUGAGAGACAGGGAACCAUCUACAGCUACCCCUACUUCCACUUUGUCUUCUUCCUGGGUUCACUCUACGUCAUGAUGACUGUCACAAACUGGUUCCACUAUGACAACCAUAAGAUAGAGAAGCUGCUGGAUGGCAGUUGGUCUGUGUUCUGGAUCAAGAUGGCGUCCUGCUGGGUCUGUCUCAUCCUCUACAUGUGGACCCUGCUCGCCCCCAUGGUCUGCCCCAAACGCUUCGAGGCCUAACACACACACAUGCAGACACCGAAACACAGCCCAACGUUAUUUUCAGCUUUCUACAUGGGUUUUUUGUGUUGCGUUUUGUUUUUAAUGUUUUAGUGUUUUAUAUUGAAUUUUUUACCAGUUAUGAAUACUUUAAGCUAUUGUUGCCGGGAAGGCAGUUGAUGUCUUUAAUUUUUACUAUUAUUGAUGUAUGGGGUUACAUUCAGGUUGGACUCAUAGCUUGACUCUUGGGGGUGCCUAAAACAAUGGGCUGGACUAAUGUUCAUACAAUAAUGUAUGUGGCUCCCCAUGGUCCAAGAGGUGCCCAGAUUCUGUUAUGGGAGUGUCCAGCACCAAUAUCAUUUCCACCCUGUUUACAUGUUUGCUUAAAUGUGUGAUACCCAUACUUGUCUCUGUUAUUCUUUUAUUCCCAUGAAGAGAAGUUUCAUUUCUCAGGCUCAUACAUCAGCUUGCUUGUUAUUUUCUUGAUUUUGUUUACCCCUUUUUCUCCCCAAUUUCGUGGUAUCUAAUUGGUAGUUAGUCUUGUCUCAUCGCUGCAACUCCCGUUCGGACUCGGGAGAGGCGAAGGUCGAGAGCCGUGCGUCCUCCGAAACACAACCCAACCAAGCUGCUUCUUGACACAAUGCCCACUUAACCCAGAAGCCAGCCUCACUGAUGUGUCGGAGGAAACACCAUACGCAUUGCGCCCGGCCCGCCACAGGAGUCGCUUGUGAGCGAUGGGACAAGGACAUCCCUACCGACCAAACCCUCCCCUAACCCGGACGACGCUGGGCCAAUUGUGCGCCGCCCCAUGGGUCUCCCAGUCGCGGCCGGCUGCGACAGAGCCUGGACUUGAACCCAGAAUCUCUAGUGGCACAGCUAGCACUGCGAUGCAGUGCCUUAGACCACUGCGCCACUCGAGAGGCCCAGCUUGCUUGUUAUUGAACCCUUUUGUAGAAUACUUUUUCUAUGCAAUUAAACAAGCUGUUUUGAUUUGAUUUGCCUGUCUUUAGGUCACACAGUCAUGUGAAAUUUGUUAGUUAGGAGUAAAUAGGAUCGAUUAUAUCAACGCUCCUUUUGAGGCAGAACUUUAAAUGCCAGUCGUUUGUACACACACAUUUAUUGUACAGUUGUGUUUUCCAAAUAAGCCUCUCUGACUAGCAGAGCGCCGGCUAGCAGGUCAAGGACUGUGAGACCAGAGAGUCACUACUGUUGAAGGGAGCUGCAAUCAUGGAGGGGGAAAUCAACAGUUUGAUUUAAAACGUUUGCCAAAGGUAGAUCUCAGAAACAAGGAACAGACACGCUCAAGUUUUUCACCCGAGUAUCUUCUCCCUCUAUAACUGCUGCAAUCCUCCAACUCCUCGGCCCUAGAAACGUGCUUGGUGUGCGCUGUGUUGCUGAUGAAGGGUUACCUACAGAGCUCCUUUCAGGUGUGUGAAAAUAGAAGGGGAAGGGGAUAUGGGCCAUGAACCGGGACCUUAGUGUGUAGUGGUGGUUACUCAACACUGGUUGUUGAUGUUAUUGACUGAACAAACCCAGACUAAGACUUGCCUGACAGGGAGCAAGAAACUAUUCUCCAGAACUCCAAACCAUUCAGCUAUUAUGCUUUUCUGUUUUCAUACUUACAAACCUACAGUAUAUAACCCUUUUGAUACUAAUAUGAAAUAUGUACACUUUGGUUUAAUAUAUUGGUAUUUGUUGAAGAAAAACAACUUGAAAAUUGUGAUAUUUAAGAUGUAUGUCUUUUUUUCCCUUAGAUUUCAGAUGAGAUAAAUAUCAGUGGACUUUGCUGAAUAGAAUAAUCAGAUAACCCUAUGAGCCAGCAGUUUGUUGAUGCAUAUUUAUGCCAUAACGUUUCCACUGUGACUGAAGUUUCUUCACCUCAGCCGUUGUUAUGAAGGGAUUAAACCCGUCUGGAGGGAUAGGAUGUGUACAGGGUUAGGCUCCAUUCAUUAUCCAUUCAGUGAUGUCAUGGAGGGUUAUUGGAAUUUCAAUUAAACAAUGAAAUGCUUCCAUUAAAAGAAGUACAAUAAUUGUGAAAUAGAAUUUCCCUUUACUGAAUGAUGCUGAAUUGACUGGAACCCUGGUGUAAAACAUGUUGACUGAUCACUUUUUUGAACACCUUUUUGCUAUUAGCAGAUUCUGUCCACAUGUCAUUUCAGACGAGUUGUGUUUUUUAUCCUGUCUCCUGUGGAGGAUCCAGAUAGACAGGAUGUGGUGCUCUACUGCAGCUCAGCCCUACACCAACUGGUCAACCUCAUGUUAACUCAUUAGGGAUCAAAACCAAACCUUCUGAUUGGGCUGUGCGCUGCCAUACAUGACAUGUUGUGGUCCAUUUUAUGUUCUCCAUUGUUAAGAUGACCACUUGGUGUGUGCACAGGAGUGUGAGUGGAAUGUGAGUGUUUUUGUCUCAUUUUAUUUGUACAAGAGCACUUGCGUUAGUGAGUUUUGCUCUGUGAAGAAAAUUGAGUGUGUGUGUGUGUGUGUGUGUGCGCGCGUGCAUGUUUCCAAACACUGCUCGCACUAAUUCUCUGUACACAAUUUGAUUUAGUCCUAAACACAAAAAUAAAACGAACACCUUUUAA